AUGAGACUCAUCAAUUGCGUCUCCGGUUGCAUGGAAGAGUUUGUGGGGACAAAGAUACCUAGGUACGCCAUUCUGUCCCACACUUGGGAAGAAGAAGAAGUCACCUACUUUGAACCUGGUUCAUGGCAAGACUGGCCUGCAACUCGCAAGGGCUAUAGAAAGAUCGAGCUGACAUACCACCUUGCACGAGAGCGGGGCAUCUAUUACAUUUGGGUCGACACUUGCUGCAUCGACAAGAAAAGCAGUGCUGAGCUUUCGGAAGCAAUCAAUUCGAUGUACAAGUGGUACGAGCGAGCAGAGGUGUGCUUCGUCUACCUAUCUGACCUGGACCAGGGGUCAACAAUGGCUGACCUGCCCCAUUGCAAAUGGAUCACACGGGGCUGGACCUUGCAGGAGCUCAUAGCCCCGAUGACUGUACUAUUCUUCAAUUGGAGAGGAGACUUACUGGGCUCGAAGGCCGAGUCGACUACCAGUAUCUUUCAAGCGACCUCGAUCGCGCCCGAGAUCUUGCUACAAACGCAAUCGCUGCGAUCUGUGCCAGUAGCAGAGAAAUUCGCCUGGGCCGCUCAUCGGAGGACUCUGCGUAUCGAAGAUAUCGCAUAUUCUUUGCUAGGCAUCUUCGAUGUCAAUAUCCCCUUGCUUUACGGUGAGGAACACAGAGCUUUUCGACGCCUGCAAGAAGAGAUCAUUCGUACUACACCGGAUCUGAGCAUCUUCGCAUGGAGAUCUCCCACGAUCCCAGGGGAACAAUCCACGGGUGGCCAGUCCAGGUACUCCGGCGUACUGGCAGACUCGCCGGCAGUCUUCCCAAGAGAACAACCCAUAUUGAGAAGACCACGAUUUGGCCGAACAGAGCUAAGUGUUACCAGCAUCGGCCUCAAGACGCCGAUACAGCUGCUCUUUGGUGCGCACGGUAUGGCUAAGACACCAAGCUACGUGCUACCGCUAGAUUGCGGGGACCACCAAGGGAAUUUCUAUGGGAUCUAUCUACGAAUGUGCGGACCAAAUGAAUUCGUGAGAGAGAACCCAGAGCUACUCACGGAGUAUAUCGAGAAGAUGCAUGUGAUAGGCGCGCCGGGCAAAGAGCACUUUUUGCUCACCGAGCUCCCUGACUGUGACUGCUGCCGGGCCAUCGGUAGCCCGAGUCACGACUUUUCCAUCGGCCGUUUAAGAUCACAUGCUUUACAGCUAUCAAUGCCGGACAGCAUGUGGAUUUUCGGGGCGCGGCCAGAAGGGAGUUUUGAUUAUCGGGAUCAGCUCUUCUUCGUUGUUGACAACCCAGAGAUGGACCUAGCCGUGUUCAGUAUAACUGAAAGGACGCGCGAGUUCAAUUGCAUGUUCUUUGCUGUCGGCUGGUCUAACACCAAAGGCGACUCACCGAAAUGCACGAUCAUUAAUCGGGAUGAUUUCAAGCAAGCCGUCGACGACAUAGAAAAUGUUCUGUCUACACGAAGCAUCCGCUUAUCGAGCGUUCUCCGGGGACUGCUGGAUGCGCACUCUAUUCCCAUGGCCUCCUCGACGACGAUCAGCGCCAGGAAUGAUGUGGUGGCAUUUACGAUCUCCUUUCGGUCGUCCUUGGUCGAAGACCAAGACUUGUGCAGGCAUCCCAUGUGGAAGAUAGAGUUCACCGUAGACACGGGCCCGCUAAUUCCCAACGACCAGAGCCCAAGACCCAGAAAGCCUCCGAAGUGGCAGACGGGGAGAGCAUCCAGCGAUAGACUUCAGACUUCCCAUUUCACAACCGUGCAGCCAUAA